AUGGAUGCUAGUCAGGUACGGAGUACUCCAUACACGGAUAACGGAGGCACGAAUGGCGGACGAGGGACAUGGGAUCGGAUCUUGAGAUGCUAUGGAACGUCCGUUGUCCAGGGUCCGACACCUGUCGAUCGCUCCGCAUUGGCAGCGCGAAAGCAGCCAUCAUUGGCCGUCCAUCCUAUCAAUGAUGCGAAGAAGCUCACGAAGGAUUUAGGGCGUCGGAGAAAAUUAGAGCUGCAAAGAUCCCGAGACUUAGGUUGGCAGGCGGCGGGCCAGAACGUUGCAUCGCCUAGCAUGAUAGUCGCUCGAAUCAUCAGAGCGCCCUGGGGCUUGCGAAUCGCAUCAAAAGACGGCCCCACCCGGAUCAAGUCAUUCACGACUAUCUCGUUCGCGACGUUGCAUUUCGGAUUUCAGCGCACGCUUUGGACGCCAAUUUUCAGUCCUGUGAUCUCAAGACGCGCCACAUUCCCUGGUCGUCGCCCCGCUCUCACACAGGAGACGGCGAUGAGCGCCAAAACAAAAGUGAGAGACGCCAGGCCAAAAGGCAAUCCCGACCACGAAAGUCCUAAUCGUAUGCCGAACCCAUACACGCUGGCAAAUAUCGGUCCAGCAACCAACAUGCCCACUGAAUGCAUGACAGACGCAGCAGAAUACAAGGUCGCGACGUGGUCAGAGGGCACAAGGGACGUGGCGACGCUCAGGACAGACAUGCCGAAAGGAAUGCCCAGGGACACCAACACAACCCCCAGAAUCAGCACCGGAGGGGUCUCAGCAACAAAGAUCACAAGGAAUCCAGCAAUGGCAAAUGCAGCGCUUGCUUGGGCGACAUAG